AUGGCGCCAAAAACAUCAUCAGAACCCCUCUCCGUCUCCUCCUUUGCAAAUACCCAGCUCUCCCUCCUCUCCGCCGAACUCGCCGCCGAGAUCGCAGAGUCUUCCGCGCUGGUUUCCCUGCACUCCCCCACCGCCCUGCAGCGCGCCGGCCUCGCGCUCUCUAACCUCGUCGUCGGCGCCCGCCGGACGGGUCUCGGCGGCCGCACGGUGCUGGAACUCAACCCGGACCCGGCAGUGUCGUCGGAGCUUCCCGAGCACGGCCUCCGGCCCGGCGACAUCGUCCUGGUGGCCGAGCAGCCUACCGGCAAUGCCAAGAAGAGGGAGGUCAAGGAGCUCGAGAGCAAAGGCGCCCGGGGCGUCAUCACGAGGGUACGGAAUGAGAGUGUCGGUGUCGCUGUUGAUGAGGGCAAGGGGGAGGAAAGAGAGUUCAACGGACGGGUUUGGAUCGUCAAGGUCGCCGACGAUGUCACGUACCGGAGGAAGGGAGAUGCUAACGAUAGCAGGAUGAACCAAACCAUGGAAAGGCUGGAGAAGAUGACAGAGGCAGAGUAUACUGCCUUCAUGCGUGUGCUCUUCGGCCUUUCGAGUCCCUCACCUGUGCCAGCUGACCUAGCAUCCGACUCUCAGCUCUCCAAAAUCCAAUGGAUCGACCCCUCACUCAACGACUCCCAAAAGGACGCCAUUCGCUUUGCUCUUGCUUCCAGGGAGAUUGCCCUCAUCCACGGGCCGCCCGGCACUGGUAAAACCCAUACCCUCAUCGAAUUAAUCCUUCAGAUGCUCAAGCUCGAUCUCCGCAUCCUCGUUUGCGGACCAUCUAAUAUCUCAGUUGACAAUAUAGUUGAGCGCCUUGCGCCGCACAAGAUCCCCAUUCUUCGCCUGGGCCAUCCGGCCCGUCUGCUACCCAGUGUCCUCGCACACUCUCUCGACGUACUCACUCAGACAUCAGAGGCGGGAGCGAUCGUCAAGGACGUUCGCGCCGAGAUGGACGCUAAGCAGGCCUCCAUCAAGAAGACUCGCAACGGCCGCGAGCGGCGUCAGAUCUACGCCGACCUCAAAGAACUGCGCAAGGAAUUCCGUGAGCGUGAGCGCCGCUGCGUCAGCAACAUUGUACGCGAGAGCAAGGUUGUCCUGGCGACACUGCAUGGCGCGGGCGGCCACCAGCUCCGAGACCAACAGUUUGAUGUAGUCAUUAUUGAUGAGGCCAGUCAGGCCCUUGAGGCACAGUGUUGGGUCCCCUUAUUGUCGGCGAAAAAGGCAGUCUGCGCAGGUGAUCACCUGCAGCUGCCGCCAACCAUCAAGUCGCUCAAUUCCAAAGUGAAGAAGGCCCCGACCGAAGAUGGAGAGAAGCAGAUCAAAGGGAUGACACUGGAAACGACACUCUUUGAUAGGCUACUUGCCCUCCAUGGCUCAUCCAUCAAGCGCAUGCUUACUACACAGUACCGAAUGCAUGAGAAGAUCAUGAGGUUCCCCUCAGAUGAGCUCUACGACGGGAGACUUAUUGCUGCGGAAGCAGUCAAGGAACGUCUUCUGAAGGACUUGCCCUAUGAGGUCGAAGACACAGAAGACACGAAUGAGCCUCUGAUCUUCAUCGACACGCAAGGGGGUGACUAUCCGGAGAAGAGUGAAGACGAUGACAAGGAUGCAGUCAAGAAAGCCAAAUUCAGUCUCCAUGGUGAGAGCAAGAGCAAUGAGAUGGAGGCGGAAUUAGUGCGGCAGCAUGCUAAGAGCCUGGUUGAUGCUGGAGUCAAGCCAGAGGAUAUCGCUGUUGUCACCCCGUACAAUGCUCAGCUUGCUAUCCUCGCGCCGAUGAAAGAGCUGUUCCCAGGAAUUGAGCUGGGGAGCGUAGACGGCUUCCAGGGGCGCGAAAAAGAGGCCGUCAUAGUCAGCCUCGUACGGAGCAACUCUGAAGGAGAAGUAGGGUUCCUUGGCGAAAAGCGUCGAUUGAACGUGGCGAUGACGAGACCCAAACGCUCACUGACAGUGGUCGGGGAUUCAGAGACGGUCAAAAGAGGCAGUGCGUUCCUCAAGAGAUGGAUGGAGUUCCUCGAAGAGAACGCGGAUCUGCGCUAUCCAGACUUGUCGACGCUUCAGGGAUCUUGA